CCCCGGGACGCUGUUGCUGCUGCUGCCGCUGUCGCCUUCUCCUCAGGGCCAUACUCUACCAUAUCUGGACCUGGAUAAUGACAAACAAUGAAGAGGACUGAAUCAGAUGGGAAAACAACACCGGACCUAAAUGUACAUAUUGAGAAGUCUGCACUGAAAGGUGUUUGGUGGAUUACUUCUUCUGAAAGCAGGAAAAGUACUUACUUGUUAGAUUUAAAACAUCAAAAGUCCCAUAAGUAAAUGCCUGAUCAGUUUUUGGAUUAUUUGGACAGAACAGCCUCGUUCUACCCAGUAGUCAUUUUGCAUGAAGUUCUGCUUUGUAUAUCCUGACAGACAGGUUUGUUUAAAACUAUUAUCUCAUCUUGAAUAUGGUGAGUAUUGUUUUGGUUCCAGAUCUGAAGAAUAGCUCGUGAGAUUGGCGCUUAUAAUUUAUUUAUGAUUCCAAAUGGUGUUUUGUCAUUUUGUGGAAGAUGCAAAGACUUGACUGUUUCCUGUUCUGUUCUCUGAUAUUCUGUAUUUCAAUAAGUUGGAUGUAUUCACCCAGACUUACUCCCACCUAAUGGGAGCAGAAUUAUGAAGAUGUCCACGGAGGCUGCACCGAAUUCUUUGCUUUUCCCAAAUUUUUGUCUAAAACCAAGAUGUGAUUUAUCAGCAUAAACUAUGACAUGAGGACUUCUAAGAGCUGUUUGGAUUAAGAGGCUGAGCAGUAACUUGUGUCUCUGCCAGUCUAAGCUCCCGGGAGUGUGUGCAGGAGGAAUUUCUGGAAAGACACUCCAAACGACUUCCUUAAUGCACUGUAAUAAAUGGCUCGUGACACAACCCCCAUUUUCCCUUAUGGGUCUAGAGAAGGAGGUUUUCCAUAUAUGUCGGCUUCCACAUAUUUUCCACAGAAUCAGUGUUGACAUUAGAGCAGCCUCCAUCCAGCUCGCUGGCCUGGUUCUCAUGCUGUCUGGCCUGGAAACAAACCCAUGCAGUCAGCCGCCAACCCGACUGACUCCUGUCACUUCUUGGCUCACCUACGUUGAAAACACUUGUUGUUGACUAGCCUGGCCCAGCAGUACGCAGGCUGGCCCAGGCUUUUUUUCUCCCCAAGGCCAGGCCUUCACAUUUAGGCUUGGCUCUGAGUGGGCUUCCCCUGUCCUGAAGUCAUGGGGAUCCAGGGUAUGGAGCUGUUUGCCAUUGGUGUGGUUAUCAUUCUUUUCAUGGCAGUUCUCAAGCAGUUUGGCAUCUUGGAGCCCAUGUCCUCGUUUGAAGAUGACAGCAGCGACAGUGAUUUGGAGCUGUCAACAGUGCGUCACCAACCGGAGGGGCUGGACCAACUGCAGGCUCAGACCAAAUUCACCAGGAAGGAGCUUCAGUCUCUGUAUCGAGGCUUCAAGAACGAGUGUCCCAGUGGGAUGGUUGAUGAGGAGACAUUCAAGUCUAUCUAUUCUCAGUUCUUUCCCCAAGGAGAUGCAACCACCUACGCUCACUUCUUGUUCAAUGCAUUUGACAUCGACAGAAAUGGCUCAAUCCGAUUUGAAGAUUUUGUCAUCGGCCUGUCAGUGUUGCUCAGAGGCUCGGUCACUGAGAAGCUUAACUGGGCCUUUAACCUCUAUGACAUUAAUAAGGAUGGCUACAUCACCAAAGAGGAGAUGCUGGCGAUUAUGAAAUCGAUCUACGACAUGAUGGGGAGGUACACCUACCCUUGUGUGCGAGAUGAAGCUCCCUCUGAACAUGUAGACAAGUUCUUCCAGAAAAUGGACAAAAAUCGAGACGGUGUAGUGACUAUCGAAGAGUUCAUUGAGACCUGUCAGAAGGACGAGAACAUCAUGAACUCCAUGCAGCUGUUUGAGAAUGUGAUAUGAGGAAUCAGGAUGCUCUCAGCUGUUGUUUUUCAUUAGCCCAGGAGCACAACUCACACACAAACACAGCACACCCAUACCUUCACACUAAACAUGACAUCCUGGCACAUACAAUAAUGGAUGCACUGUAAAGAUGGAGGAAGUAGAUGUUUUUUUGCCUUUCUUGCCAUGCUUCUUUAGCUGUAUCUUGCAACUGCUUCUGGAUAAAAAUGAUUGCUGCGUAGAAAAGAAGAGCUUCCUGGGUAAAGUCCCCACACAUCCAGUGUAUUUUUGUGUCCGCAGCGAAGAAACCGAAGAGCCUUUUGUGCUUUUAUCAUCAGACAACCAAAAAGGACUGAAGAAGCUUACAAGAAUCCACUGACCUGAGCACACAAGGAUGCUACCUUUAACACUACUCCACCUUGCCUCACUAUCAUACACACUUUCUUUUAUACAUACACACACAGACCUGCUGUUUUCUCAAGAGGUCUUAGACCAAUGGAUGAAGUGAACAAAGAGCAGCAUGUAAAAUAAUAAACAAAUCACAGUGACACUGAAAAAGAGAAAUGA